ACAGAAGGUACUGUGGCAUAAUGUAGUUCACCUCCUUGGUAAUGAGACAUCGAUAGCAGCGCAUGUUUUUCCACACGGUGAAUGGCUUUUUAUUUUAUGAAAGAAUAGUAAAGUUUAUGAUAUCGUUUUUUUUUUAAAAACACUGUCCCGCAGGUUUGAAUUUUUCAGAAGUGUAUUUUUUGUCCUUCGUUUUUUCCGAUUUAUGGAUGGAAUUGAUUGACAACAGACAAUAAUCCCGCGUGCUUCUUUUAUUCAUGUGUGUGUGCUGGUGACCGGUUACCAUGGAGAAGCAGGCGGUGCAGAGGGCCAGGGAGGCUUUCCUCGCUGGGCGGUCGCGACCCCUGGAGUUCAGAGUUCAGCAGCUCAAGUCUCUCCAGAGGAUGAUCACAGACAGACAGGGAGAGAUCGCCACCGCCCUCAAACAGGACAUCAACAGGAGCCAGUACGACACCCCACUGUUUGAGUUGAUCGGCCUGGAGAAUGAGAUCAGCCUGGCUGUGUCGAAGCUGGCCCAGUGGGCUGCUCCUCGUCCUGUAGAGAGGAACCUCCUCACCAUCUCAGACCAGGCGUACAUCCAGCCGGAGCCCCUGGGAGUGGUCCUCAUUAUCGGGGCCUGGAACUACCCCUGGGCCCUAACCCUGCAGCCCCUGGUCGGGGCUAUCGCUGCAGGCAAUGCCGCUGUGGUGAAGCCGUCUGAGCUGAGUGAAUACUCAGCUAGUCUCCUCAAAGCUCUGCUCCCACGAUAUCUGGACCAGGAGCUGUACCCUGUAGUGUGUGGGGGCGUGUCAGAGACUCAGGAGUUGCUGCGUCAGCGUUUCGACCACGUCUUCUACACAGGGAACAGCACUGUGGGUAAACUGGUGAUGGAGGCAGCAGCCCGACACCUCACCCCUGUGACCCUGGAGCUGGGAGGGAAGAGCCCCUGUUAUAUCGAUAAGGACGUCGACCUCAGAGUCGCAUGCCGGCGUAUCACGUGGGGGAAGUUUGUGAACUGUGGUCAGACGUGCAUCGCCCCAGACUACAUCCUGUGUGAACCCAGCAUCCAGAACAGAGUGGUGGAGGGCAUCCGGCAGACACUACUGGAGUUUUAUGGGCCUGACCCCAAAUCCUCCCCUGACUACGGCCGCAUCAUCAACCAGCGCCACUUCAACCGCUUGAUGACUCUACUGGAGGGCUACACGGCAACAGUAGGGGGGCAGAGUGACUCAUCACAGCGCUACAUUGCCCCCACGGUGGUGAAGGACGUGCCCCCCCAGGCUAGGCUGAUGCAGGAGGAGAUCUUCGGGCCCCUGUUGCCCAUAGUGACCGUCAGCGACAUAGAUGACGCCAUCCACUUCAUCAACGAGAGAGAGAAGCCCCUGGCGCUCUACGUCUUCUCCUCCAACAAGAAGGUGAUAAAGCGAAUGCUGGCUGAGACUACCAGUGGCGGGGUGACAGUCAACGACGUUAUUAUGCACUACACCCUCAACUCUCUGCCCUUUGGGGGUGUAGGUCAGAGUGGAACAGGAAGGUAUCAUGGGAAGCACACCUUUGACCAGUUCAGCCAUCAUCGGGCGUGUCUGGUCAAGUCCCUGGGCCUGGAGGAGGUCCACAUGGUGCGGUAUCCACCCCAGAACCACCAGAAGGUUCGCAGGGUCAGGCUGGCCAUGAGGACCCCACUGGUUGACUUCUCCAAGGGCACCUACAUCUGGGCCGUCACGGCGUCCAUUGUGGCUCUGGGACUCCUGGUCGCACUGACUGUGAUUCUAAUACUAGCGGCCGGUGUCAGCUGCACCUGUUUGUGAUUGAUGGAUAGACACAGUGAAGUUAAGGUUGCAUAUUUUGGUAACUUCCCCAAAAUCUACCGGUAUUCCAGGAAUCCUUAUUGGAGGAUUUCGGAUUUCCUGCUUCUUCUCUUAUGAUUCCGGGAAUCUUCCUACCGGGAAUCUUCCUACCGGGAAUCUUCCUACCGGGAAUCUUCCUACCUUUCUCAGGAAAACCUGGUAAUUUUGGGAAAGAGUAGAGACACCAUGGACUGGGUUAUUAACACAUUAAUGUCAAGUCAUUAUGUGAUUAUUGUUGCAUCCUACCUCUCCCUUCUCUCUGUCCUCUCCUCUCUCCCCUCUCUCUCCUCUCUCCCCUCUCUCUCCUUCUCUCUGUCCUCUCUCUCCUUCUCUCUGUCCUCUCUC